UAUGUAUAUUUCAUUUUAUCUUCACAAUAACCUCAUGAAGCAGCUUUUGCUAUGCUCAUCGGUAAAGCUAAAAUCAAAUGGUUAAGUGGCUUGCCCAAGGUCACCAAACCAAGUGGCAGAAACUCAUAAUGUUUUACAUAAUCUAUUCUAGGAAGGAGUGAACUGAGCCUGAGGACUUUUUUACAGUUGUCUGCACCCCGAGAUGGUUAAGACCACAGUCUCCCCCUUACUGGGCUUCACUGCUGGAAGGCCCCUGAUUCCUAGAGGCUUGGCCUGCAGAACCUUGGAAGAGGCAUCGUCGAAUCAGCAUCUGCGCACUUCCCCUAACCUUGCUAGAGUAUUUUUUAUGGCCGAGAUCCGACUGUCUCAUUCGCUGGUUUCUCCCCUCCGGCUGCGGAAUGGAGAGGCUGAAGUCUUUUCUUCUGCAGGGUUGAGAGUUUGCAGACGGCCCCUGAGAAGGUGGGGCGUUCCGAAUUGGCUGAGCGCUUCGCCGGGGGCGGGGAGUUAGCCGAACGUUCCUGGCCGGAAUCCCUGCCUCCUAGAUGGGCUGAGCCCAGAAGCAGACUGAAGUUGGUGAGGUCGGGCAGUGGAGGACAGAAGGAAUUGCGGACUGAUUCCCGCCCUGGUUGACUGAGCCCCCAAAGGAACGUCUCUGCUGCGUUGGGGCUGAGUGUAGACGCGCCGCUCGCGGCCCGCCAGGGCUGGGAGUUUGCAGACCGUCCCUGCUGCGGCCAGCUCCGCGGCGGCCCUGCGGCUCCCGCGGCGGCGGCGGCGGCCCUAGGCGCGAUCCAGCCCAGGUACCCGCGUUGCAGGCUCAGGGCGCCGAGACCCCGCGCCCCGCCGCACCUCCGGCCUCGCGGACACGGCGGUCGGCUUUCGUUUCUGGCUGCUGCUGCGGCCCAACGGGGAGCAGAAUGGAAGAGAGGAAAGGAAACUGGCUGACGCAAGAGCCGGAGUGAGGCCAGCGGACUCGUGCAUGCAGCCUGCACCAUGAAUUCGGGUCUGCCUUGCUCGCGUUAGGAGCCGAGGGCAGGUGAAGUUGCUGGAGAGCAAUGGCUCUCUUCACUCCGUGGAAGUUGUCGUCUCAGAAGCUGGGCUUUUUCCUGGUGACUUUUGGCUUCAUUUGGGGUAUGAUGCUCCUGCAUUUUACCAUCCAGCAGCGAACUCAGCCUGAAAGCAGCUCCAUGCUGCGUGAGCAGAUCCUGGACCUCAGCAAAAGGUACAUCAAGGCUCUGGCAGAAGAAAACAGGAACGUGGUGGAUGGACCAUACGCUGGUGUCAUGACAGCUUACGACAUGGGGCCUCAUGAUGUUGCUCAGACUGCUCUUGAACUCGUGACCUCAAGUGAUCCUCCUGCCUCACCCUCACAAAGUGCUGGUAUUACAGAUCUGAAGAAAACCCUUGCUGUGUUAUUGGAUAACAUUUUGCAGCGCAUUGGCAAGUUAGAGUCAAAGGUGGACAAUCUCGUCGUCAAUGGCACAGGGACAAAUUUGACCAACUCUACCACAGCUGUUCCCAGCUUGGUGGCACUUGAGAAGGUUAAUGUGGCAGAUAUCAUUAACGGAGCUCAAGAAAAAUGUGUAUUGCCUCCUAUGGAUGGCUACCCCCACUGCGAGGGGAAAAUCAAGUGGAUGAAAGACAUGUGGCGUUCAGAUCCCUGCUACGCAGACUACGGAGUGGACGGGUCCACCUGCUCCUUCUUUAUUUACCUCAGUGAGGUUGAAAACUGGUGUCCUCAUUUACCUUGGAGAGCAAAAAAUCCCUACGAAGAAGCUGAUCAUAAUUCAUUGGCGGAAAUUCGAACGGAUUUUAAUAUUCUCUACAGUACGAUGAAAAAGCACGAAGAAUUCCGGUGGAUGAGACUGCGGAUCCGGCGAAUGGCUGAUGCGUGGAUCCAAGCAAUCAAGUCCCUGGCAGAAAAGCAGAAUCUUGAAAAGAGAAAGCGGAAGAAAGUCCUCGUUCACCUAGGACUCCUGACCAAGGAAUCUGGAUUUAAGAUCGCAGAGACAGCUUUCAGCGGUGGCCCUCUUGGUGAAUUGGUUCAGUGGAGUGAUUUAAUUACAUCUCUGUACUUACUGGGCCAUGACAUUAGGAUUUCAGCUUCACUGGCUGAGCUCAAGGAAAUCAUGAAGAAGGUUGUAGGAAACCGAUCUGGCUGCCCAACUAUAGGAGACAGGAUCGUUGAGCUCAUUUAUAUUGAUAUCGUAGGACUUGCUCAAUUCAAGAAAACUCUUGGACCGUCGUGGGUUCAUUACCAGUGCAUGCUCCGAGUCCUGGAUUCCUUUGGCACUGAACCGGAGUUCAAUCAUGCUAAUUAUGCCCAGUCUAAAGGCCACAAGACCCCCUGGGGAAAAUGGAAUCUGAACCCCCAGCAGUUUUAUACCAUGUUCCCUCACACCCCAGACAACAGCUUCCUGGGGUUUGUGGUUGAGCAGCACCUGAACUCCAGCGACGUCCAUCACAUCAAUGAGAUCAAAAGGCAGAACCAGUCCCUUGUGUAUGGCAAAGUGGAUAGCUUCUGGAAGAAUAAGAAGAUCUACUUGGACAUAAUUCACACGUAUAUGGAAGUGCAUGCGACUGUUUACGGCUCCAGCACCAAGAAUAUCCCCAGUUACGUGAAAAACCAUGGUAUCCUCAGUGGACGGGAUCUGCAGUUUCUUCUUCGAGAAACCAAGUUGUUCGUUGGACUUGGGUUCCCUUACGAGGGCCCAGCUCCCCUGGAGGCUAUUGCAAAUGGAUGUGCUUUUCUGAAUCCCAAGUUCAACCCACCCAAAAGCAGCAAAAACACAGACUUUUUCAUUGGCAAGCCAACUCUGAGAGAGCUGACAUCCCAGCAUCCUUACGCUGAAGUUUUCAUCGGCCGGCCACAUGUUUGGACUGUCGACCUCAACAAUCAGGAGGAAGUAGAGGACGCGGUGAAAGCGAUUUUAAAUCAGAAGAUCGAGCCUUACAUGCCAUAUGAAUUUACAUGCGAGGGGAUGCUACAGAGAAUCAAUGCUUUCAUCGAAAAACAGGAUUUCUGCCAUGGGCAAGUGAUGUGGCCGCCCCUCAGUGCCCUGCAGGUGAAGCUUGCUGAGCCCGGCCAGUCCUGCAAGCAGGUGUGCCAGGAGAGCCAGCUCAUCUGCGAGCCUUCUUUCUUCCAGCACCUCAACAAGGACAAGGACAUGCUGAAGUACGAGGUGAUCUGCCAAAGCUCAGAGCUGGCCAAGGACAUCCUGGUGCCCUCCUUUGACCCCAAGAACAAGCACUGUGUGUUUCAAGACGACCUCCUGCUCUUCAGCUGUGCUGGCGCCCACCCCAGGCACCGGAGGAUCUGCCCCUGCCGGGACUUCAUCAAAGGCCAGGUGGCUCUCUGUAAAGACUGCCUAUAGCAGCCACUUGCUCAGCCCCGCACCAUGCUGCUGGGACAGACAGUGGCUCCAGCCCCAAUGGGCAGGGCCAGGGGCAGAAUUUAUUCAGGGACUCUGGCUGGAGCAUGAACAUUUUGGUAGAAGCUUUUCCUUUUCGUGUUGCUCCUGCUGCUGUCAGAGCAGCCCCAUGGAGUCUUUCACCAAACCAAAAGGAGAGCAGAUAGCAGGCUGGAGCCUGGUUCUCCCUGGCACAGCGCCAUUUCCAUUUCUCAAGGAGCAACUGUGGGGAGACUCUGUGGAUUCAGCUGCUCCAGGGUAAAAAGAGAGUUUCAAGAGUCAUUUAAAACAAAACAAGAGGAGGAAUCGAGCUGAUUGGAAAGAACUUUGAAUGGGAACAUUCCUAAACUCAUUAACUUAUUUAUUUGGGAGGGAGGGAGGGAGGG